AUGUUGGCAAACAUGACAUCAAAGUUAAAUGGAACACGGCCCAUGUCGAGCUGCUUUAACCCCUCAGAAGUGAGAAUUAGGAAGACCAUCAUUUACUGUCUGAUAUGUGCAGUUUCGUUAGUUGGAAAUAGCUUCAUUGGAAUAGUUGUCUUAAAGAUGAAAGCAUUGAAAAGGCCCAUAAGCGUUUUCAUUGUAAACAUGGCCAUGUCAGAUCUAUCGUUCACGAUUUUCCUGAUACCAAAGCAGUUGGUAAGUUGACACAUAGCCGGCACCUGGUUGAUCAGUGGUCCUCUUGGCAAAGUGUUGUGUAAGCUGUAUUUCUUCUCAGUAGAGGUCUCCAAUGUCGUUUCUAUACAAACCCUGUUUCUAAUCGCUGCAGAUCGGUUUGGAGCUGUCUUUUUUCACCUCCGUUACCCAGUGAUCAGUUCAAAGCAGUGCCGUUUCUUCAUUCUCGCCACUUGGAUCAUCGCAAUGGCCUUUAACUGCCCAAAUCUGAUUUCCUUUAAACUUGUCCGGAAUCCAAAAGGUCUAGCGUGUAAGCCGAAGUGGAGUGACGCAUUUGGAGGGUCCUUUUCUUAUGAAAGCUACGCUUCAGCAAGAUUCACUGUAUUCUGGCAUGUUCCGUUGGUGUUGAUUUCCGUUCUUUAUGUUGCAAUCGCUUUCAAAGUCAAAUCCCAGAAAACUCCGGGCGAGGAAUCAAUCAACUCAAGAGAACAGCGUUUGAGGAGAGAGAAGAAUGUUCUGAGGAUGUCUGUUGCUAUCGUGAUGACGUUCGCAGUGUGUUGGCUGCCGAUCAGUAUCUCCCAAUUGCUGCGUUAUCAUUCAUCUAGCAGCACUAUGAUAUCUUCAUGUGCCUUCCAGUACAUCAUGAUUAUUGCCGUUUUUCUAGCUUCAUCAAACUGUGCGAUAAACCCCUUCAUCUGUUUUCUCUUCAGUGAAAAUUAUAAUGUAAUGAGAAAACUGGUAUAG